GAAGAAACAAAUUAUUAGCUUGAGAAUGAAGAGUUGCAGCUACUGGAUGAUAAUACCAAUUACAGUUAGUGUCCUUGCAGCGGUCGGAUUCAUUGUUGUAUAUGAACUUGCACUGGUAAACAAAAAGAUUUGUCGUAUUGAUUCAUUCGAAAAGAAACGGAUGUGCAAAUUACGCCCUCCAUUUAUAAGUGUUGCAGGUGAUUCCCCUCCUGAAAGCUGCAUUUUUAGCCAAAUCAUGAAUAUGACAGCAUUUCUAGUGACCAUUAUUGGAGUUCUCCGUUAUUCACAGCUUAAAGUGAAGGUUAGGCAGCCGUGGCUCAACAUCCUUGGGCUGAUCUCAACAUUUCUAUCAUCUUUUGGAAUGACAUUAGUAGCCAAUUUUCAGCUGUCUAACAAUACAGUGACACAUAAUGUGGGUGCACUCAUUACCAUUGGGUUUGCAAUUUUGACCUGCUGGAUCCAGACCUCUCUGACAUUCGAAGUGAAAAUGAAUAAAGAAGCAAGAUUUCUUGGAAUCAUCCGUUUUCUCCUCUCAGCGGUUAUCACCCUGACUUUCAUCGUCUAUUUGGUUUUGGCAGCUCAACGUAGUUAUUUUAGUUCCGCAAAGACUCAAUGGGCUUUGGCGUUAUGUGUACUCUUUUACCUGGGUACAUUUGCAUUGGAUUUUCGAUAUUAUGAUUUUGAGGUCCUUGCCAGAGAGAAGUACCCAAGAAAGUUCGAGUUAAGACAAAAAGCCACCGAUGUCUCAGUAUCAAUCAGAUAACUUUAUAGAAAGCACUCUACACAUAUUUCAUCCCAGUAUAGAAGGGUACUGACAGAGAUAUGCAUAAAUCUUUCUUUAAAUAUAAAUUUACUUUUACCU